AUGACCAACGACACCUCCAACAACGCUUCCGCCUCCGCCUCCAAUGGCGAGGCCAAGUCCUCCUUCACCGUCAAGGCCGGUCUCGCUCAGAUGCUCAAGGGCGGCGUCAUCAUGGACGUCGUCAACGCUGAGCAGGCCCGCAUCGCCGAAGAGGCCGGUGCCUGCGCCGUCAUGGCCCUCGAGCGCGUCCCCGCCGACAUCCGUAAGGACGGCGGCGUCGCCCGCAUGUCCGACCCGGCCAUGAUCAAGGAGAUCCAGGACGCCGUCACCAUCCCCGUCAUGGCAAAGGCCCGCAUCGGCCACUUCGUCGAGUGCCAGAUCCUCGAGGCCCUUGGCGUUGACUACAUCGACGAGUCUGAGGUUCUCACCCCCGCUGACGACGAGAGCCAUGUCGAGAAGAGCCCCUUCAGCGUCCCCUUUGUCUGCGGCUGCCGUAACCUCGGCGAGGCCCUGCGUCGUAUUGCAGAGGGCGCUGCCAUGAUCCGAACAAAGGGCGAGGCUGGCACCGGUGACGUCGUCGAGGCGGUGCGACACAUGAAGACCGUCAACAAGCAAAUCGCCCAAGCCAAGGCCGCUCUCGCCGAGGGUGGCAUUGUUCGCAUCCGCGAGCUCGCACGCGAACUCGAAGUCGACGCCGAGCUGCUCCGCCAAACCGCUGAACUAGGCCGUCUGCCCGUCGUGAACUUCGCUGCGGGCGGAGUAGCCACCCCCGCAGACGCAGCGCUGAUGAUGCAGCUCGGCUGCGACGGCGUGUUCGUCGGCAGCGGAAUUUUCAAGUCUGGCGACCCGGCGAAGCGAGCCAAGGCUAUUGUGCGCGCGACAACGCACUUCCGGGACGCCAAGGUGCUCGCGGAGACUAGCACGGGGCUUGGCGAGGCGAUGGUGGGCAUCAACUGCGGCGACAUGAGGCCCGAGGAGAAGCUUGCCGGUCGGGGAUGGUAA